AUGACUUUUGAUUUUCAGGAAGCCAAGAAAAGGGAUGUGAGGUUAAAUGAAAAUUCAAACCUUCUUUUUACCAAAAUUUUUAUUGACAAUUCCUAAAAAUUAAUAAAAUGGUUUGGAAUAGAAAAAAAAUAAAAAAGAGACUAUCUUUAGUUAAAUGAAAAUUCAUAAUUCUAAGUAGGAAACUAGUUCAUAUAUUUUAUCACAAAUAUCCUUAUAGACAGAGAAUCUGAUGUGCUGUUGAUGUCCAAAGAUUCAAUAAAAAUAAUAGUAUUUAAGCAAUUAGAAACAAUAGAUUAUUUUAUGGUCAAGAUGAAACAAGUAAUUGGUAAUGAUUUAAUAGAUAAUUGUGCAAAAAAGUGAAAAUAAUAAAUCUUAGUUUAGAACUAAUCUCAGAUGUCUGGUGUAUACUAGAUUUAGCUCAGCAAAAUCAAAUAAAGAGUUGAUUUCGAUCAUUGAAAGGAGUUAAUUAAAUUACUUAAGCAUCAAUAAAUUGAUGGAAUAUCUAAUGAGCAAUUUUAAUUAAGAAUUUCAAGACCCUGAUAUUCUUUAUAGCCAAGGAAAUUAAGAAAUACUGAAUGUAAUAGAUAAUUAAAUGCUAAAUGAGUUAUUAGUUAUAGAAAAGAAGAGCAAAAAAGUAAAAUAUAGAUAGAUUAACCAAUAAUUGGUUAUAAUCUCAAACUAUUUUACAAAUGAAAUUAUCCUUGUAAAGAGGUUGAGAGUUAUGUAAAAUAGAUAAAAUCAUAUCAAUAAUAUCUAUGCAUAAGAAAUUCUACAAAUUUACAAAAAGAUAAGUCCUAAUUGA